AAACGACACUGUGACUCCUUCGCCGGUGCGGUGCAGUUUGUUCUGCCCUCCCCCUUUUUUAUCACUUUUUUUUUAAAAAAAAAAUCCAAAAAAUUUUUCCACAACUCUUCUUUUCUCCGUCGUCGUCUACCGUCCGGAUCUCCGACGAUUCUAUCCCCGUUUUACCCCUCCCUCUCCUCUUUUAUCCCAAAACACAAAAAAAAAAAAAAAUCCCAUCAUUUUCUAUUUAGUUUCAAAAAAACCUGUCCCUAUUCUUUUGUUUCUCUAAAGUUGUGAUUGAAUAACAAGAGGAGAGGGAAACAAAAAAGACAAAAAAAAUCCAAAAAAAAGGGAAGAAAACAAAAAAAAACAAGAAGAGGUAGGGUUAGGGUUUUCGUCGAUGGCGCAGAUUCAGGUUCAGCAUCAGCCGCCGGUUUCCGGGCCAAACGGCGUCGCUCCAGGACCCGGAGGAGCGCAGUUCAUGCCAACGUCGCUCUAUGUUGGGGAUCUUGAUGUUACCGUUACCGAUGAGCAGCUCUACGAAAUGUUCGGCUCCGUGGCUCAGGUCGUCUCCGUUAGGGUUUGCCGGGACUUGGCUACGGGCCGCUCUCUCGGUUAUGGCUACGUCAACUAUAACAAUCCUCGUGAUGCGGCUAGGGCAUUGGAUCUAUUGAAUUUCACUCCACUAAAUAACAAGCCCAUCCGAAUCAUGUAUUCUCAGCGAGACCCUAGUCUUCGCAAGAGUGGUACUGCAAACAUAUUUAUCAAGAAUCUGGACAAGUCUAUUGACCACAAAGCAUUGCAUGAUACGUUUUCUUCAUUUGGCAACAUUCUUUCUUGCAAGAUAGCUACUGAUGGUUUUGGCCAGUCCAAAGGCUAUGGUUUUGUACAAUUUGACAAUGAAGAAUCUGCACAAAAUGCAAUUGAUAAAUUAAAUGGCAUGUUAAUUAAUGACAAGCAGGUCUAUGUUGGACACUUUCUUCGUAAGCAGGAAAGAGAGACUGCAUUGAGUAGGGCCAAAUUUAAUAAUGUUUAUGUGAAAAAUCUUUCUGAGUCUACAACUGAUGAAGACUUCAAAAAAAUUUUUGGUGAGCAUGGUGAAAUUACUAGUGCUGUAGUUAUGAGGGAUGCAGAUGGGAAGUCGAAGUGUUUUGGAUUCGUUAACUUUGAAAAUUCUGAAGACGCUGCUAAAGCUGUUGAAGCUCUUAAUGGAAAGAAAUUUGAAGAGAAGGAGUGGUACGUUGGAAAAGCCCAGAAAAAAUCUGAAAGAGAGCAUGAAUUAAAAGCUCGAUUUGAGCAGACUAUGAAGGAGGCUGCUGAUAAAUUUCAGGGUGUGAAUUUAUACAUUAAAAACUUAGAUGAUAGUAUUGGUGAUGAAAACUUGAAGGAACUCUUUUCAGAAUUUGGUAACAUUACUUCAUGCAAGGUUAUGCGUGAUCCUAGUGGAAUUAGUAAGGGCUCUGGGUUUGUGGCAUUUUCAACCCCUGAAGAAGCAUCUCGUGCUCUUGCUGAGAUGAAUGGUAAAAUGGUUGUUAGCAAACCGCUUUAUGUUGCACUUGCACAGAGGAAAGAGGAGAGAAGAGCAAGGCUUCAGGCUCAGUUUUCUCAAAUGAGACCGCUUGCUAUCCCCUCAGUUGCUCCUCGUAUGCCAAUGUACCCUUCUGGUGCUCCAGGUCUUGGCCAACAAUUUUUAUAUGGGCAAGCACCUCCAGCUAUCAUUCCUCCACAAGCUGGUUUUGGUUAUCAGCAGCAACUGGUUCCUGGAAUGAGGCCUGGUGGGCCUCCUGUGCCAAUUUCCUUUGUUCCCAUGGUGCAGCAGGGUCAGCGCCCAGGGGGACGACGGGGAGCAAGUCCAGUGCAACAGACUCAACCACCAGUGCCAUUGAUGCAGCAACAGAUGCUGCCCAGGGGACGUGUCUAUCGUUACCCACCUGGUCGUAACAUGCCUGAUGUUCCCAUGUCAAGUGUUGCUGGAGGAAUGCUUUCUGUUCCAUAUGACUUGGGUGGCAUGCCCUUGCGAGAUGCUGGUGUUGGACAGCCUAUGCCGAUUCCAGCUUUGGCUACGGCUCUUGCAAAUGCUACACCUGAACAGCAGAGGACGAUGCUUGGUGAAAGCUUGUAUCCCCUUGUGGAACGGCUUGAGCGUGAUUCAGCGGCCAAGGUUACAGGAAUGCUUCUAGAGAUGGACCAAACUGAGGUUUUGCAUCUCCUGGAAUCGCCAGAAGCUUUGAAGGCUAAAGUAGCAGAGGCCUUGGAGGUAUUGAGGAGUGUUGCUGCUCAGCAACAGGCCAACAGUCCAGCCGACCAAUUGGCUUCACUAUCCCUGAAUGAUAACCUUGUCUCUUGAGAGACUGAAAAUUUCGGUCUAGUAUCUUGGCAGAGGAGUUGCUCGACCCUUUAUUUAUCAACACUGGGCGAUCUUAUUAGUUUGCAAUAUUUAUAUAUGGUAUGCUUUUGGUGGUCAUAGGAUUUUUAAUACUUGCCUAGAACAUGGAUUGUUUUGGCUUGGUUGUUUUUUUUUUAUUUGUUAAGUUCUUUAAUUUACUUGGCUUGUUAUUGAUAACUAUAAGUUUGUUUAAUGUUAUUGAAAGUUUGUUUUAGAACAAUCUUUUGGUUCUCAAAACUAUUUUGGCGUAAGUAGUAU